AUGGUCGACAUAGACACAUAUUACGUCCCGAUUUUUUUACACACAGUCAUGUGCGAAAUAACAUACGUGACAAUCCUAUGCGCAGUCGAUGUCUUGUAUUUUACAUCUGUUCAAUAUUACUGCGGCCUGAUCGCAGCUCUGAGGUACAACUUGGAAAAUGCGUGCAAUUUGAAAGAUUUCGACGAUCUAUUAAAGAACGUCACGAAGAACGGUAAAUCUUACUCCAUUGUUGCUUACAGCAUUCAAAGACACACUGAAGCGAUACAAUUUAUUGAUAUCCUGGAGUCAUCGUACAGGCUACCUCUUCUCGUCCAUAUGGGCAGUGUUAUGUUGACUAUAAGUAUCGUAGGAUUCCAGAUGAUUACAAAUAUCGAAGACAUGAACCGCGCAUCGCAACAUUUUGUUUAUCUUAAUAUCGUUCUUCUUAAUACGUUUUUCGAGAACUGGCAAGGUCAGAGAAUCAUAGAUUCCAACGAAAUGCUGUAUCAAUCCAUAUAUAAGAUGAAGUGGUAUGAAAUGCCGAAUGCAGCGAAAAAGCUAGUAAUCUUGAUGAUGAUGAGAUGCUUAAAACCGUCGCAGUUAACGGCCGGCAAGAUAAUCGUGCUUUCGUACGAGAAUUUCAGCGCGGUAAUACGAAUGUCCUCGUCAUAUUUUAUGCUGCUGCGAUCUAUGCAAACUAUGUAAAAUAUUUUUAGAAAAUUCGCGAUUAUCGAAUUUCAUAGGUAGAUGAAUUAGUAGAAAACAAAUAUCCA